CAUGUCUUCGGUUAACAAACUAGUAAAGUCUUUGAUUCUGCUCCUUGUUGCGGCUUUGGUGCUCGGCGAGGUGGAUGUGGCGGCGGAAGAAUCCCGGAUUAUAGGUGGCCAGUUUGCUGCUCCUGGACAAUUUCCGCAUCAGGUGUCGCUCCAGUUGAAUGGUCGCCACCAUUGCGGCGGUUCCCUGAUCUCCGAGACGAUGAUCGUGACAGCUGCCCACUGCACCAGGGGUCAGAGUCCAGGCCAGAUGAAGGCCAUUUUGGGAACCAACGAUCUGGGCGCUGGAAAUGGUCAGACCUUCAGCAUUGCCGAGUUUCUCAUCCAUCCGCAGUACAAUCCGCAGAGCCAGGACUUCGACAUGUCGCUGAUUAGAUUGAGCAGUCCGGUGCCCAUGGGCGGAUCUGUGAAGACCAUCCAACUGGCGGAUUCGGAUGCCAAUUACGCGGCCGAUACGAUGGCCAUGAUCAGCGGUUUCGGGGCCAUCAAUCAGAACCUGCAGCUGCCCAACCGCCUCAAGUUCGCACAGGUGCAGCUGUGGAGCCGUGACUAUUGCAAUUCCCAGAACAUUCCCGGUCUCACGGAUCGCAUGGUGUGUGCCGGACAUCCAAGUGGGCAGGUGAGCUCCUGCCAGGGAGAUUCCGGCGGUCCCCUGACCGUCGAUGGCAAGCUCUUCGGUGUGGUGUCCUGGGGAUUCGGUUGCGGGGCCAAGGGACGCCCGGCCAUGUACACCUAUGUGGGUGCCCUGAGGUCCUGGAUCAAGCAGAACGCCAAUGUCUAAAUGAAAAACGUAAAUGUGAAAAAACCUUAAAUAAAAACUAUUGCAACAUUA